ACCGCGAAGUAAAGAAGGUAGAAGAAUCAAAAGUAGUCGUGAGAAAUUUUCACUUGAGUAUGGUUGGGACUAAGAUAGAGGUGUUCAUUCCUUGAAAAGGUUUCUUCCUUUGUGUAUGUGAGGAGUGAAGUGUGUGUAUAUAUAUAUAUAUAUAUAUAUAUAUAUAUACAUAUAUAUAUAUAUAUAGAGAGAGAAACAAUUAUUUUAAUUAAAAAUAGGAUCAAAUAGAGUGACCAGAUUGCCAACGUAUGCAUAGGUGGGAAUUCUAAUAGAUGAACUAUUUAACCGAUCGGAGAGAAGGGAGAUUAUUUUUCUUCGGUUUUCGCAGGCAAGAUUGAUCGUGUUUGAACUUCCAAUAUGCCAUACUAUAACAGCAGCCAUAGUCCAGCAGUUUAUAACAAAGAUGGUGGCUCGAGCGGACCAUCGAGUACUUCCGGUGGCCGUGGUAGUAGUACCGAACCACCUACAUACAUGAUGGAACAUUUAGCGACAUUUACAGUGACGAAAGAGAUAGGCAUUGUUUAUCCAGCUGAUGGUAUGCGUCGUCUUUUGCAAUUAGAAAAAAGCAAUGGUAUAUGGAGUCAAAAGAUGCAACUUCGUUUAGAAAGAAACUGGGUUCUUAUCAUGGACAAUGAAACUGGGGCCGUGAUGGAACGAUUUCCAGCGUCUUUGAUCCAAGAACCAACUGCAUUUACAUCGAGAGACCCAAUGGAGAUGUACAACAACAUUUUGGUAUUUUCGGUCGCUGAUGACAGUGGUUCUCAAAGAGCAGAAAUGCAUAUCUUUCAAUGUCAAAGCGUAUCCGCUCAAGACUUGGUAGAGGAUUUGAAAAUGCUUCAAAUGGGGAAACUCGUGCCAGGUGGUUCGCCUAGAGGUCCAAGAGGUCAAAUUCCACCACCACCUGCGUUACCACCACCUGAACCUCCAUUGAAUGGUGUGAAUGUACGCGAACAGGUGUCUGCUUUUAAUGCGGCUAAUGCCGAUGGCCAGAACGAUAUAUCUCGCGAAGAAAACAACGACGAAGUGUCCUCAACGUCGUCAGAAAAAUACGAACGUGACGUGACGAUAUUGAAUCAUUGCUUCGACGACAUUGAAAAAUUUAUUGCACGUUUGCAAUAUGCUGCAGCUGCAUCGAGAGAAUUGGAACGUCGACGGCGUAACAGAAAGUCGAAAAAGAGAAACCUGGGUGAUGGCAUGUUAACGAUGAGAGCAAAGCCACCACCAGAGAUGGAGUUCAUUGAUAUCUUUCAAAAAUUCAAACUUUCUUUCAACCUUUUGGCCAAAUUGAAAGCGCACAUUCACGAUCCCAAUGCACCGGAACUGGUACAUUUUCUUUUCACGCCACUUGCUCUGAUCGUUGAUGCAUCUCACGAUACGAAUUAUGAACCGAAUUUACCAAGCAAGGUCGUAUCACCUUUAUUGACCAGAGAAGCGGUCAAUCUGUUAAUCAAUUGUGUUACCAGCAAGGAAACUGAACUCUGGCAUUCUCUUGGCGAUAUGUGGCUCAUUCCUCGUGACCAAUGGAAAGGACAUGUACCACCUUAUCAUCCGAUCUUCACGGAUGGUUGGUCACCGGAAUAUCCCAUACCAGAAGACCGAGAUCAUGAUCAUCUUGCUUCCCUUUUGAAUGCUGACAAGCAAAAGAGGGAUGAACUUCCUGAACAACAAAACGAUCCUUAUUACAAUCAUCGAGACGUCGACGAGUCACAUUAUAGUAGCGAUUAUCUCGAAUACGAUAUCAGAGAGGAUAGAGCUGGUACCGAAAACUUUGAUAGAAAUUACGGAACGACCUCGGAACUUUAUGCAAGAGAAGAAAGAGUCGAACAAACCAGAGCUCACAGUGAUAUAUCAGUAGAUUCCAUUGAAAGAGCACCUAGAGGUGCUGCCAUUGAAAGAGCUCAAGAAGUUUGGUUGGAUGAGCUCGUAAAUAGAAAUGCUAAGAUCGUUCACGUUACUUAUCCUAGAACGGCCAACAAUGAUAAAGAAUUGACGGUUGUCAGAGGUGAAUAUCUGGAAAUACUCGAUGACAGUAGAAAGUGGUGGAAAGCGAGAAAUUCUAGGGGUCAAGUUGCUCAUGUGCCACAUACUAUUGUUACGCCUCACAAUCCAUCUCAGCCUGCUGAAAACGAUGUAUUUAAUAAUCCAUUAUAUACAAGUCGAUAUCCUAGACAAGGACAUGGCUAUAGUUACGAAGAUUCUGAAAUUGAAAGGACUAGUACUAGUCCGGGGCCAGAAGCAGCUCAUCGAACUCAUGCGAUUCCACCACCAGCACCCGCGGAUUGGGUGAGAAAAGAACGUCUUGGGAAAAAAGAGAAUUUGACUACAUCUAAUGAAGUUUCAAGUACAAACAACGUAUCCAGUAACACAUUGGGAAAAACUCAAACAAUGGAAAAAAAGAAUGGCCCGAUAGUCAUAAUCCAACCAUUACAAAUGACAACUUUAAAAAAUAAAUUGAAAAACAAUGCACCAAAGCCACUAACACCAAUACCAUUAGCAUCACCAGCUCCACCAGCAUCGCAAACACCAUCAGCACCACCACCAUUACCAGUACCACCUGCAUUAUCACCACCACCACCACCUCCACCACCUCCUCCAGUUCUACAGACUCAAAAAUCAACUACAUCGACGGGUUCCAACAAAUCAGAAUUAUAUAAAAAUAAUAAAUCUUUGGCUGGUACGUGUAAUCAAGACCAAGUUCAGGAGGAACUUAAACAUGUGUUAAACAUGUUUAGACAAAAAAAACGUAGCCCAAAUAUUCUUGAAAUGCAAGCAACAGUUUUACAUCAAUAUUCUACUCCUCGUGAAGUUCAAUCUUGGUUGACUGCAAAAGGAUUUUCAGAUAAAGUUUGUAAACAAUUGAAAGAUAUGACCGGUGCUGAAAUAUUUAAUCUAACAAAACGACAAUUGGAACAAUAUUUUGGUCCUAAUGAAGGUGAAAGGCUGGAGAAACAGCUCAUCUUAUCACGAAACGAAUGUGGGUACGAGACGACAAGGGUAUCAGAAUUAAAACAGAUUUUAGAGAAGGUUCGGCAAAAGGCAGAAUAAACCAAACAAAAAGGCACAAUUAUAAUAGGUAUAUAUAUAUAUAUAUAUAUAUAUAUAUAUAUAUACAUAUAUA